AUGAACGUGCAUUGCACAACAGACUUGACACUUUUGUCAACAGUGUUUUCUGCAGAUUCUGCAAUAAUUUUGAAGUGUUAUCCGGUGUUUAAAAUUCUAGGUUAGGCUAGGAAUAAGAAAGGUGUCAUGUCAUAGGCCUAUAGAGCAGUACCGUUCUGAAAAUAUGAGUAAAUCAAAUAAGAGUGCAGUUGUUAUUAUUCCACCAAAGUUUGUGUGGGAACAGAUACAGAAUAUAAGAAGGAAAUAUGAUAAAGCUUAUAAUAGAUGGAUGCCACAUAUAAAUUUAAUGUACCCUUUCAUGCCAGAUACAAAAUUUCCAUCAUUGGUUCCUGAAUUAGAGACAAAAUUGAUGAAGAUUAAACCAUUUGUUAUAUCAUUUACUAGUGAUUCAUUUGGUUAUUUUGAACAUGGACAGUCGUGCGGAAUGUGGCUUAAACCUCUUUUAUAUUCUAAACAAGUUACCGAUCUCAUUGGAGAUCACUCAGAUCAGAGAAUAGAUUGCCAAAUCUCACCUACAACCAAAGUUGGAAAUCAAGUUAAAGAUAAAAAACCAGAGCAUGUAGAUGUAAUCCUGCCAUCCCAUCCAAUAGACACCCCAAGCCUGGAUAAUCUUAAAGAUGCAAUAUGGACACCUGAAGACAACGUAAGGCUUCGGUUAUCUUAUGGUAGUGUUGGCCUAGAUAGUUUAAAAGAUGCUAUAUGGAGACCUGGAGACAAAGAAUUGAUUACGCAACCAGUAAUAACAACUACUGCUCUACCCAAAUUCAACCCCCACAAAAAAGCCUGGUCAGUUAACUAUAAUAGUGAUAGUAAUAUUGCAAUUUCUAGUUCAACUUCUGAAGAAACAAUGAUGGAUUAUGAAGAAAUCAACUGGACAACUAUUGAAAAAGAUAAAAGUAGGAAUAAGCCUCAAAAACACUCCAAUAUAAACUUCCAUCCUUCUGUUAUGAAUAUACAGAAAAAUUUAGAGAAUUUAUAUCCCGAUUUUAAUGAUUUGUCUACUAUAAAUACUGCUGGUUUUCAACCACAUCUUACUUUAGGACAGUUUAAAAAGUCAGAAAUUGGAAAAUUUCUGGAAAAUUUCAAAUCAAACUGGAAACCAAUAGAUUUUAAGGUAGAUGAGAUUUAUUUGAUAAGUCGUGUCGGUUUUUCGGAUAAAUUUGAGAUAAGGGAGACAAUUUCUUUGGGCGAAUGAUAAUGUUUGUAACAUAAGUUGGCCUUUUGUUUUGGAGGGAUAUGGCUUAGAAUUUAACACUGUGGAACAUCAAACCUACAUGUAUUCAAUUAAUCAUGUGUAGACAAUUAAUUGAAUUGAAAAAGUGAUAAUUUGACAUUUGCCUUUUAAUGCUCAAAAGUUGGCCUUUUGUUUUGGAGGGAUAUGGCUUAGAAUUUAACACUGUGGAACAUCAAACCUACAUGUAUUCAAUUAAUCAUGUGUAGACAAUUAAUUGAAUUGAAAAAUUGAUAAUUUGACAUUUGCCUUUUAAUGCUCAAAAGUUGUCCAGUAUUGAAUGAGACAUUGUUCUAAAUAUUCAUUAUAUUAAUUAUGUGUAGACAAUUAAUUGAAUUGAAUAAGUGAUAAUUUGACAUUUGCCUUUAAUGCUGAAAAGUAUUAAAUAAGACAUUUUCUAAAUAUUCAUUAUAUUAUUUACAUGAGGUAUUUUUCAAAACAAAUCUGAUCUCAUAAUUGCAACCAAAAGGUCAGAUGAUAAAGGUAGUAGUUUGUAAAAAUGAUGACAACAGAGAGACACAGACCAUGCCAUGGCAAUAUACAGGGACAUUCCAAGGGCAUAUAAAAAAGGAUUAGGAUAUCUUUUUUUAGUCUCCAUCCGCCAUCACAGAAUAAGAUUCAAAGCUGCAAAGGACCCAAACAUUGUAUGCCUCUCUACCCUCAGCAAAUUAAUCCUUAAUUUCUCAAACCAUUUGUCAGAAAAUUUAUGUGGUUGUACUUUACCCCUGCAGUUAAAAGUCCUGGCAACACCACUGUUGGAACAAUCAUUGGAAGAAAUUUAUAACCUUUAACUGCUGAUAAAUUAGCAUCUUUAUUUUAUAGAUUCACUAAUCUACCUUAAAAUACAGAUGUGAAAUAUUGGACCCACGUGACAUAUUUCAUUGGAAUGCACGUGCUGGAUAGUGUCUGUAUUUUAAGUUGUUUAUUGGUCUUGUGCAACACAUUGCAUAAUAUAUAGAUCUAGCACUUGUGCAAUAUCAAUAUAUUACUUAAUGUCUCGCACUCGACCAUUAAACUACACAUAUUGAUGUAUAGCACUUUAGUAAUGAAUCAAAUACUGUUUAUAAAACUGCAUUGAUACCUGACCAUUUGACACAAACUAGGUCAGUUUGAGAAUAACAUAUGGUACAAUUUUAUUUCAAUAAUUCGCUUGUCCGUAGGGAUAUUUAGUAGUUGAAGGAAAUCCAUGAGGUAGGGCAUGUCAUGUACAAGCCUAGGAUUGACACCAAGCCAGUGAAGCCACUUUACUCAAUGACAGAGUUUUAAAUUAGACCACUAGACUCCACCUUGUAAGAGACAAGAGUAAUAUACUAAUUGUUAUAUAUAGAUAUAUAGAAUCAUAUAUUUAUUCAUUGAUAUCCAUGGCGUAUGUACAUUAUAAUUAUUAUUUAUAUAUUGAAGCAAAUACAUUUAUUACAAAAAAAAGACUUUGUGCAUGUUACAAAAUGAGGUGUUGUUUGGCAACUUAUGUUAAUGUGAAUCAUGUACUUUUCAUUGAUAAUUCUGUUGAUUUUGAAAAAUAAAUUAUACAUAUAUGUUGCUUUUAUUUCUGUACUAUAAAGUUCCAAGACUGACAACUAAUAGUAAAGAAAAUAGUAAUUGAACAUGAAUCAAAUCAUAAUUGUCAUGAGAUCAGUCCAUAUGCACACAAGAUUGUAAAACAGGUGUACAGAAGAAUAAAUAUUCUGAAACUGGGUGAAAAACCAAUCAUAAGACAGCUUUUAUUAAACCCACUUUUAGAAUCAG